CACACAAAUAACAGCAUGGCUGAUGAACCUCCAGCGAAGAUAAACAAACCGAAUAAACUUUCAAAUAAAGCGGGCGAAGAGAGAAUAAACUGGAGGAUAUGGAAAGAACAAAAGAAAGAAGAGAAGAGGCGAUGCAAAGAGAGCAAACUCAUCCAACAGCUGGAGAAGCAGAAGAGAGAAGAGGAGAAUAAGCAGCAGAUUCAGCAGGAAGAGAAGGAAAGUAAAGGAGCGUUGAGGGAGAGUUCAGAGGCGUUGGGCACAGUGAGUGCUGUCGCAAUCACAUUUCACACGCAUCUUGCAAAACCUCCACAUUUACACAUUUAG